AUGGACAAUGAAGGUGACAGUCUGCUUGAGUAUUUUAAAGAAGCAAUUAUUUUUUUCAAACAAGUCCAAUGGCUUUAUAAUAUGCCUGUAACAAAAAUAUUAUUAAAUGGAGCAUUAAAUUUAUUUCCUAUUGACUGGCUGAAAACUCUAAAUAAUUUGGAAAAUAAUGAAUUGAAUAGUCUAGUUGUAAGAACAGAAAUACAGUCAGACUGGCCAGCCUCAUUAAUUGAUUUUGUGACCUCUUGUAAAAAAUUGAAUAAAUUGCCUGGUCCUUGUAAAUCAAUUUCUCCAGUCAAAUUACCUGAUGCAUUUUUGAAAAAAUUGAGUAUUAAAAAACAGCAUGAAAUAUUUCAUUUGGCACAUCUAGUUCACAAGCAAUGUAGCUCUCAAAAUCUGUCAUGUAUUGUUGAUCUUGGAUCAGGUUUGGGAUACAUCAGCCAGCUUUUAAAUCAUGUGUAUGGCUACCAAGUUCUUGGAUUAGAAUCAAAUGCACAAAAUGUACAAACUGCAAAAAUAAGGCAAAACGCACUUUUUCCUGAAUCACUGUCAUCUGUCAAAUAUGUAUGUAGCAACGUAACUAGGGAUUCCGCAAAAAGUAUAGAAUUACUUUUGCAGCAGCAAUUUGGUGAAACUGGAAAUAUAUGUCUUAUUGGCCUUCACGCCUGUGGCGAUUUAAGCGUGUACAUGUCCCAAGUAUUCCAAGAGAUGAAAAAAGCUCAGCUUCUUGUUCUAAUAUCAUGCUGCUACCAUAAAUUAACUCUUUCACAUACUCAUAAAGAUUGCAAUAGUAGUGAAGAAUCGGAAUAUUUUGAAUAUUUUCCACUGUCUGAAACUUUUAUAAAAGCAAUCAACAUUACAGAAACAGAUGUUGGAAAAUUUUUUAGAAGACCAUUUUUGCGUCUAGCUUGUCAAGAAACAUCAGAUCGGUGGAAAACCAUGUCUCUAGAAGCUCACCAAGAGCAUUCGUUUCACGUUCUUGCAAGAGCUAUUCUAGAGUUGUACAGCGCUGAGAAUGAACUUAUUUUGAAAAAACUCGUCCGAAAAGCUACAAGAAAAUCCCAGUGCUCCAAAUUUGACAUUUAUUUGCAGGAUUGCACACAACGGUAUUCGUAUGUAAAACAAAUAGGCGAUCAAGAAAUUGGGAUUCCUUGGGAUGAAAAAAUGAGAUCUGCAAUAAUGGCUUUGUGGAAUAUCAAUGCCAAGCAGCAAAAAAACGUAGAAUUAUACACUGCCUUGCAACUUAUUCUACAAAAUGCAGCCGAGUCUCUAGUUUUGUAUGAUAGAUUAUGUUUUUUGAAAGAGCAUGGCUGUAAGACUAGUAUGCACUCAACCAUGGACAGAUCGUUGUCACCAAGAUGCUAUGCCCUAGUGUCAACCAAGAAUCUAAAUGAUGUACAAAUAUCAACUAAAACGUGA